AUAGCUAGGUAAACCGAGUCUAGUUGCAGACAUCUAAAGAACAUCAUAAAGUUCAUCAUUGAUACAAAGAUAAAAAAUGAAGUUUCAAAUCGCAUCCAUAGUCCUUCUUGCUGUCAUUUUUCAGUUUGGUCACCGCGUGUCAGGCAAGUGCCAGGGGCCACAAGCAGGCUUGUUUGAUACUGAUUGGGCCACGUGUCUUCCUGCAGUGGAUAAAGCCGGCACAACUUGUCCUCAUAAUUUCUUAAAAAUUGGAGACAAUUCAUACGGAUGCGGGGAAUCACACACAUUUAUCAGAGAUUCAAAUCAUAGACGUGUUGUUGAUAAGCCGUUCAUUUGUUGCCUUCUGACACCAGUUAUUGAUAUGAAGGUUAAAGAUGCGCCAUGCCUCUCCAACAGCGGAGGAUCAAACAGUCAAAAAGAUCUUCAAGACAAAAUAGAGUCUAAAUCUCAUUAAUAUUAGAUAUGUAGUGGUUUAUAAUUGUUAUUAAACGUCAAAAUAGCACUGUGCAAAAUUUAUGCUUAUCAAU